AUGGAAAAUGUUUCAAAUUCCAGUCAAGAGAUGGAAGAUGAAGAAGUGGAAAGCAAAAGACACCACAAUGAGGAUGAAUCGGAUUCUGAUGAUUUACAAAUUGGAGAUUGUGAUACAGAGGAUGAAUCUGAAUUGGAUGAAACCGAUAAUAGCAUUAUUGAUCCAUCACCAGAGUUUCCCAUGUCUCAUUCAUCCAAAUGUUCCAAAUUCAAGACCAUUGUCUUCUAA